GAUUCAUUACUCCCCCGCGGUCAGUCGCCGCCCGGUCUCCACCUGCAGCUCACGCUGCCAUACGAUGUUAACUGCGCGUUAUCACACACUCCGGUGAACACUAACAACAUGUACAAAAAAACUAUUUACGUAUUAUUAAUAGCAGUUUUGAUUACUGCAUACGCUACUGAAGGGAAGAAAUCAAGAAGGAGUCGAAGACCUAACAAUGAAGAGGACACCACACCGCAGCCUAGUGUGGUCUCAUAUUCCACCUUUGGAUUUAAUGACGUGGGAUCUUAUGACGGAUUUGUGCCGACUUCACCGGACUAUGCGAGUUAUCUGAGUGAUAAUCAAGAAUCAACUACAAGGUUGUAUGCACCAGCGUUUCCAUCAUCUCCAGAUUCUACAGGAUUUAACAACAAUUUUGGUUCUCCACUAGAAGGUGCAUUCGGCAACAGUGAUGAUAGUGUACCGCAAUCAAGUAUGGUCCAAUAUCCUCAAAGUUCUGUUAGCUUUUUUAACACUCCAAGUUUUGAUGGAGGUAAUAGUCCAAAUGCAAAUUAUAAUGAACAAAAUAGACAGAGUGAUGAUGACCCAACAGGCCUUGUAUACGGAACCAAACUUAAUUCUAAAAGCAAAAAGAAUAUGAAUCAAUUUAAUCACACCGAGUUUAAUGUGUACAGCAGUGGACCUUUGGCAAAUGCGAAUGAUUUAGCAUCACGAUUCGUUAUGCCUGGGAUUCCAUCAACACAUGAAGGGAAAAAUCCUUAUGGUGAGUCUACACAUGAUCAAAGUAUUCAUAGUUUCGGUUCAAAUUAUCCGUCUUCUGAUGUUGAAGAUUUUGUAAAACCAGCUCCGUCUAAUCCACACAAUGCCCUUAAAUUCCCAAGAGUCAUUGAUUUCACGAACAUUAAACAAUUUUAUCCCGCAGAGAUUGAUGACAAAUAUCAGGUAGCAAGCUACAGUUCCAUUUUCAAUAAUCAAAAUGAAAAUAAUAUGUUUUCAAAUAAUAAUGAUGAGCCAAAUAAUAAAUUUAUUCAACCAACAAAAACAAUAAAAGAUACUUCAUCUUUCAACACUCAAUACAGGGAUAAAGAUUCUGAUAAAGAAUCGAUCAAGCAAAGUUCAUAUCAAAAUCAAGAGUAUAAUAGACCAAAUUUCAUAGGCUCCUCCCCAAAUAAACCAAGUUACAAAGGCUCUAAUUAUAAUUUAGAUUACAAAGACAAUUUCAAGAAUAAAUGGAACUCAGGAAAUUAUAGUAACAACGAACCACAAGCUGCGAAAAUGUCAACAAAAGGGUACGAAUAUUCCACUGAUUUUAGCAAUACUAGUUUUAGAUACGAUUUUGAAGAAGACAAAAAGCCUUUUAACAUUAACACCGACGAGCUCGUCCCUGAAAGUAGUAACUUGGUUGAUUUGACGAGCUAUAACAUCCCCGAUAACGAUUUUUCGAAAUUUAAAAAAGUACCCGAAAUAAUAAAAUACCCAUUUGAUGACGACUUUGGUGCACACUUGAGUAAAGAUAAAUACAAAAACGACGAAUUUAUCAAUCAAUUUAAGAACUUGUAUACGACCACUCCAGCUGGUCAAUGGGGAAAUGCAUUUAAGUCUAACGAGUAUUCAUAUAAGCAUAGACCUAAAAAGCCGCAGUUUGAUGAAAUCAAUACUGAUAUUGUACACAUACCAAAAAGACCAAGUAGUAACUACAAGUACAACUUUGGAAAGAAUCAAGAAAGUAAGCCUAGUGAGUGGCCAAAAACCAGGCCGUAUAAAUCAAAUAAAUUUGAGAAACCCUCAGAUUGGAACAAAGAAGUCUUUAGCACUCGAUUUAAACUAGAAGAAGAUUUACUAGGUCUCAGAAAUCAUGAUACGUCACAUUCGUCGUACAUUCCACCUCAUAGACCCAACAAUAAUAAUGACCUUGUCGAACAGAACGAUUACAAAAAGUUAGUAGAGAAAUGGAGACAAUCAUAUUUGAAGAGCAAAUAUAAAGAUGCCUACCGCGACUACGAAAGCUAUGCAUCAGAAGCGAAACCUCUUCAUGUACCUAUCCCCAAACCAUAUCCGAUAGAAGUUCCUCAUCCGGUGAUUGUGCCGGUUCCACAACCGUACCCGGUGCGGGUACCGGUACCUAAACCGGUGGCGGUGCCGGUCAUCCGGGAGCUCACCGUACCUAUUGAGAAACCGGUGCCGUACCCGGUUAUCAAAAAAGUUCCUUACCCAGUAGAGAAGCCUGUCCCUGUGCCCGUUGAAAAGGAGGUUCACGUUCCAGUGGUGAAACCAUACCCAGUGCACAUCCCCCACGUGAGGCCAGUGUUUCACCACUCACGGCCUCCUCGAGAGGACUUCGACGAGAUAGAUGCAGAUGAAGAUGACUAUCUACCGCGCCCUGAGGGUAGUAAGAGAAUACCACCAUAUAAGAAGAGACCAAGAACCACGCGUGUGCGUCCACGCAGGCCCACUCGCACCUCGUACCGCGACCGCAACACGCGGGAGAGGAGACGGUGGCCCAUUGGAUACAGGCCAUCAGAAACUAGAAGUAGACGACCCCCCACAGAAUACCACCACUCCCCACCAUACAAGUACCACGAAUUCGAAUCGGAACACUACGAAAACGAACCAACUGACUAUUACUAUUUGCACUGCAAGAGAACUGGCAAUUGUUGAGCUAAGCAAAUUCAUGGCUAUGCCUUGUAACUUCAUGGAGAUCUCUUAAAGGUAUUUUCUUAGGACGAGUGUUCGAAGUAAAAUAACUUAUAAUAAGUUGACGCUUUAUCAAUUCUGAAAUCAAAUCAAUUCUAUUAUGUUUGCCAGAUUCAAUGAAAGUCCUGAAAGUGGAAAGAUGAUGAUAUUUAAUUUUAUAAGGAUUUUUGAGAACUGUUAUUUUAAAUUUCUGGCACAUCAAGCAUGUGUCAGGACAUAAAUCCAACGAUGAUCUCUUUGGAGUGUAUUCCUAACUCGCUUAGUAUUAAUAUUACAAAUGUUGCAUUUUGUAGAAUAAGCCAUUUGGAUAUUAUAAACUUUUUAUUCUGUGGUAUCAAAAUUCAACACUCGCCGUUUUAGAAAAUAAGAUAAUAUGUUUAGGAAUAGACGUAAUUUUUUAAAUGUUAAAACUCACAUGUUUCUGAUUUAAGGGAAACUUCUAUGAAUGAGUCAAAACUUUCUUCAAGUGUUAAUAACAUCUGUAAUUCAGAUAAUAUUGGUUUUUGUUAUUAAGUUGUAUAAAUAGACAUUUGAAAUUCUGAACUAAAGUUAACUUUUAACAAACAGUCCUCAACGUCAUCUAUCAACCAUAUUACAAUCCGUACUAAACUUUUUUACACUUGAAGCUUUUAUAAUUUUUGUCAUGUUGCUGAAAAUGCAGUUUUUGUAAGUUCUACCAGUCGGCGAUUUUACAGGGUAGUUUAUUAUUAAAAGAAAUGAGUUAUUAGCCCAAUUUAAAUAUACCUACAGUUGUAAGUACCAAAUACAUUGUUAAAGUUUUCAGUCCCACGGUUUCCUUCUGCGGUAAUAUUUUACACAUGAAAGUCCCGAGAAACAUGUAUUUAUUUAGCAUUUAUCAUAUGGAUUUAUCCAUUACGUUGUACGUCAUAAUAAUAAGUAGUAAUCUUGGUUUCGAUCGUUUCAUUAUGGAGUAUUUCUAUGUGCCAGUGCUAUUGUUAUUUUCUUUCUAAUUACCAUUGUUUUAGUAUCUUGAUUAUUUUGUUAAGUUUCAUACGUCUUUUAUUUAUACUUUAAUAGCAUGUAUUGUAUUAUUAUUGUAGUACAUUUAGCCAUAAGUAAA